GCCAUCUCCCCUGGGGCGACAAGGCCGGGCCCGGCGGGGCGGGGGGGGAUGGCGGCCGCAGGGCUCUGCGCGGCAGUAAAGACCCAGCUCCCAUUCAGCGCUUUUGGGCGUACCUGGAUUGUAGCGGGGUCCGAUUUCCAGGCUGCCAUGAGGAAAGGUUGUUGAAAAGCAACUGUGCACGCCUUUGCUGCUGCUUCCAGGAAGCAACUUUAAGGGAUAGAAGGACACAAUGAGGUCUAAAAUGUUGGUUCUGAAAGCAUCCUGUGGUGAGAUGCUUAUUUUAUUAAUUUGGGGCUCAGAGAUGGAUUCAUCAGAACAAUCAACAAUCAGGAGUGAGCAGAAAUCCAGAAAAUUCUUAAAAAGUCUAAUAAGAAAGCAGCCUCGGGACCUUCUUCUUGUGAUUGGAACUGGGGUAAGUGCUGCUGUAGCGCCAGGAAUCCCAGCGCUGUGCUCCUGGAGAAGCUGCAUUGAGGCUGUAAUUGAAGCAGCCGAACAACUGGAGGUGCUUCAUCCAGGAGACGUGGCUGAAUUUCGUAAAAAAGUAAUCAAAGAUAGAGACCUGCUUGUGGUUGCACAUGAUCUCAUCAGGAAAAUGUCACCACGUACAGGGGAUACGAAGCCCAACUUCUUCCAAGAUUGCUUAAUGGAGGUGUUCGAUAAUUUAGAACACCACAUUCAGAAUCCUGUUGUUCUGCAAUCAAUCCUGAGGCUCAUGGAGAGAGGCACGAUGGUUCUGACUACAAACUAUGAUAAUUUACUUGAAAUAUUUGGUCAGCAACAGAGUAAACCUAUGGAAUCUUUAGACUUGAAAGAUAAGGAUAAGGUUCUUCAGUGGGCGAGAGGUCAUAUAAAAUAUGGAGUUCUUCAUAUUCAUGGCUUGUAUACAGAUCCCUGUGGGAUGGUGCUAGAUCCCUCGGGAUAUAAAGAUGUUACUCAAGAUCCUGAAGUCAUGGAAGUUCUUCAAAAUUUGUAUCGAACCAAGUCUUUUCUGUUUUUGGGCUGCGGAGAGACUCUGCGUGAUCAGAUAUUCCAAGCUCUCUUUCUUUAUACUGUAAAGAAUAAAGUGGAUUUAGAACAUUAUAUGUUGGUGCUUAAAGAAAAUGAAGACCACUUUUUUAAGCUCCAGGCAGAUAUGCUGCUGCAUGGAAUAAAAGUAGUAUCCUACGGGGACUGCUUUAAACAAUUCCCAGAGUAUGUUCAAGAUCUGACUGCUCAAAUCUGCAAGCAGAGAAGUCCAGACGCUGAUCGAGUGGACAGCACAACACUCUUGGGAACUUCGUGUGUGGACUGUGCUAAAAGGAAGUUAGGAGAAAAUGGCACUGAUUGUCCUAAGAGAAUCAAGCAGCCAGAUAAUGGUAUACCCACUAUUUAAUGAGGAAAAAACCCCAAAACCCAACCCAGAAGCUUUUUAACAGUAGGUGUUUUACAUCUGCUGCAUGGAAAGUUUUGAGCUGAGUAUUUCCAUGGUUUUAAGUGGAAUAAAAAUUGUGCAUUUUAGCCUUUUCUCUUCUAGAGCUGUAAAUGUGUAAUGUAUGCAGAGCUCAAGUCAGACUAGUUAUUCUCCAGGCACUUCCAUACUACUGUAUCUGCAGGGUCAUUUAGAAGCCAGGGCAAGUUUUCUUUGCCUGUGCCUCAAGCCAGUUGGACCAAGCUCUUACCAAGGUGAAGCCACAAGAGAUGAGAUGUUUGAAUGUGUCAGAAAUUACUUUUGGCAUACCUGUGACUGUUAGUUGCCUUUAAAAAUGACGGGGGGGUUAUUCUUUUCUCAGCACGUGUACAUGUCAGCUUACUGACCUAUUUGCAGUGUACUUCUAUGGAAACAUUUUAGCAGUUGUUUAAAUUGUAGAGUAUGCUGCUAGUUCUCUCAGAAAGCAGAUAAUGGGUGGUUUUAAUGCAGCGGAAUUAAAACCAGUUAGUAUCUAUCUAAGGUAUUUGUAGGCAAUUUCUGGUGUGUAGGCACUGCAUUAACUGUUUUUUUUCCUGAGGUGCUGUUACUUCUGAACCUACCUACCACUGACUUGUCUCAGCACUAAACUGACAAAGUUACUGGACCCAGUUGCUCACACUGGUCAUCUGCAAUUUUCUAGUCAGCUGCCUCUCACCUCAGUGUCUGCAGGAGAGCAUGUUCAGGACCACUCUUUGUUCUGAUACUGGCACAUUCAUACCUGGCAGUCCUGGAGGGUUGCUUCCAUCAGGUUUCUCUGCUUAUGUUCCCUGUGGAUUUGAUCUGUUAUGCCUUCUGAGAUCACAUCCCACUAUAAUGAGGUUUUACAGGGAGUGGAAGCGAUGGGUCUGUCAGAUGACCUUUCUGUCUAAAUUGUGGUACAUCAACUCUUUACUUCCACCUCACAAAAAACAAUUUCUGCUUGUUCUCUAGUACGUAUGUGUGCAAAAUGAAAAGCUUAAAAGUGAGGUGCGUGCUUCUUUCUAGACUAAUAACUACUGAGAUGGGUAGUUUUUGUGUUGUCCAAGUCUUUGUGCCUGUUCUGAAGUAGGUAAAGAUCUGAAGACAUUUUGCCUAGAAAAGCAAUCUUAAACAACGCAUGCGCACUGACUCUUGUCUCUUCUACCCCAGAAAAAAACACCUUUCAUGACUGACAGUCUGGAAAUCAUACUUGGGUUUUAGUAUGCAGUGUAACUGCCAAGGACCUCAAGUGUCAGUUCUCAAGGUUUCAGUUGUGUUUUUUUUUUUGAAAGGUAAAAAUCAAAAGCAAAACCAGCCUGAAUAUAGACCAUACUCAUCUUCUCCCUUUGAGAGGUUGUACUUAUGCAUACAUCCCUUUUGAAAAUUAAGUCUUUUAGCAUCACGUAUAGCAUUAUCUGUAUGACUUUAACCUCUCAAAUUUGCUUCUCUAGUCAGCAUGAGUUGGCUGUUUUGAAAAGUGAUCAGUCACACUGUUUUGGAUGCUGGUGUAUCAACUUCGAACACUUUUAUUGUUGCUUCAAGCUGCAGCAAAAUUGAUCAGAUCAGCUGAGCUAUUUAUGACCCUAAUGACUGCAAUUAUUUAAGCCUAACUCUAAAGUCAUGUAGCUCCUUAUCUUGUACCUGAAGUCACAUCCUCAUUAGGAAAUCACAUACCCUCACUUUGGUAAGGAUCAACUUACACCUUCCCUUUUGUAGACACUGCUGGACUGCAACUUGUACAACAGCCUCCCCUCAUUCAAGUGCCAUUUAUUUGUAUCCUGAAAAGCAGAUGAGUAAUAAGGGGUUAUUUUAAGUCUUAACACACAUCAUACUAAGGCAGAAACACCUAGUUUUGAUUUUGUUCCCCCCAUAAUAAAGGAUGUUAUAGUCAUCUCAGGGAGAGGAUUGCCUUGAGCUACCUCAGGGUUUAAAAUACAGUCAAAGGGGACAGAACCUGAAACUUGUCCGUUUCAUUUAUCUGUUAAGUGAAGGCAUAACUUGUGUAAGGCCCUGGUCAAAUUAAUACCUGAGUACCGUGAAAGAACUAACCAUACAAAUUGGUAUGUUAAAUGAUAUUUGCCAAUUCUAUCGUAGAUGGCUCUUUUUCUACUUAAUAUUUUUUUUAAGUAGGAGUAAGAUAUUUACUGAAAACAAACUUGACCAUUUGUUAUCCUGUUUUGCUCAACCUGUGUAAUGAAAUUGACAGAACAUCUCUGAUGACAGCGUACACUCUUGUAAUAAAAUAUUUAAAGCCAAAUAGACCAUUCUUGUAUAGUAGCUAAACAGUCUGAAGAAUGCUGAAAGGUACACACUUUAAUUCAUUACUGUGGUUUUUUCUAUUUCAGCCAGCUGUUCUUAGCAAAUGGCUAAAAAACCCCAAAACCCAAACCUUCUGUAUUUGCAAUACACAGACUGAUGUUGUUCAAAGACCUUUGAAAAUCCUUCACACUAUGUAUUUCCACAACUGUCACUGGACUCUGAAUUAAGGGACUGAUGCCAACUCAUGACUUAAACUCAUAGUAAAUAAUUUUAUUAAAUAAGUGUGGCAGCAACAUAAGUAUUUGAUAAACAUCUGUCUACAGUAUAAGCGGACACAUUUAUGUUGUUGAAAUGUUCCCAUAGGAAUACACUAUCUACUGCUCACAUGUCAUUCCUUCCUUAUGCAGUAACCCCACAUGUCCAGACAUCAUCAGUUGUGCGCAACAGGCACAGCAUUAGCAACACAUUACAAGGCAGACAUGUGUAAGCAGCAUGGUGGACAAAAGGAAGGUAGUAUAUGAACAUAAGAAGAUGAUACAAUAAUUAUGAGCAACCAUAAACCAAAUAAAAGCUCUUCAGCAUACACUGAGGUGAAACAUAAGCCAGGCAAAGUGAUUCAAGUUCUCUCAGUGUUCUGUAACCAACUUCAUUAACUUUGCUUCUUAGAUGAAGCAUGGGCAUCAAAAUAAACUUGACUUUACUGGGACAGCUACUGUAUAACAAUCUCAACUGUAAACCAAUAUAUUUUUUUCUAAGGGUGCUACCUGACUCACACCUGUUUUAUUCUUUCCACUUUUGUGUAGGGUAGAUUACCUCAAAGGUAAAUUUUUUCCAGGUUACAUUAUACCUAUAGAGAUAUAUCAUGAGAUUUUGUAAAGUUAAUAUUUUCAUAAGGUUGCAGUGGAAGGCUGAAGUCUAACUGGGUGUCACAAAAGUCAUGGAAGAUAAUAGCCAGAUUCCAAUAGCUUGUUUUAAAAACCAGGAAAUAAUCCUAUCUGAAGGCAAACAGAUGCAGCUGCAACACAAAGGAGAGAGAUUAUAAAGGUCUUGACCAGUGGUAGCAUGCACCCAAACAUUGCACUGGAGAUACGGCUAAACACAUUACUUUUCUUAUGAAAAGUGAGAGGCUUAUUCUUUGUAAUCAUGUGCUUACGUGAACCUGUAAUUCUUCAUCUUAAGACAACACCCUCACCCCUCCCAAACCACGUGAAGAGAAAGCUUUGCUGACCAGAAUGUACACACUUCAGUAACCACCUCUGGCUAUCUCUUACUUGUUAACAAAGUGUAUCAAGGAGUAACAGUUUCUUCCUUCAGUAUUUUAAAAAACUGCUUGGUCUGAAAGGUAAACAUUUCUCUAUCAACCUCUAAUAGCAACAUUCAAACUCGAUUUGUAACAGUCCACUGCAGACACAGUUCUUGCUGUUGCCACCUGGCCCUGGAAUCAUCCGUGCUUUAUUCUGAAGGAGAACUGCGUUUGUGCUUCUCUGUUCUUUCCUGGUCAUCAAUGUCUGGAUACUCGGUAAGAUCCAAAGUCAGUACUCGACUGAACAUAAUGUCAUCGUGCUGAGAAGAGGAAGGAUCGUACAAUUUAAAAAAUUUCUGUUAUUUGAAAUAAACAUUUCACAAAUGACUAGAGAUACAAUAAUCAGCUUGAGUUACCAAAAUGAUCUUUUCAUCGAGCCAGUACCUGCAGUUAUUUCUGAACACAAAGUAGUUCAGAUCCAGCAACACAAUUCUGUACAUGAUUCACUGUAGUAACACUUAAGGUGUAAAUCAGUACUUCAACAAAACCCAGCUUGUAUUAAUUAACAAAAUUUGGUAAUAAUUAAUUGUUACCUCUGGGCACACUCCAAUCAAAGCAUCUGCUUUGGAAUAAAACUCUUCCUUUAGAGAAAUAACUAUCAUUUGCAACCGUUCAUGUGCCUGUUCUCUAAUGAAACUUGAUACCUUUGGAAAGAAGCCAAAUAUUUCAGUAAGUUAGUGCUGGCAGACUUAAA